CGUCAAGCGCUCGCGCCAUGAGCGGCGCGACAGCUUCGGUCAACUUCGCGACGCAGGACUCGUGACGCGAUCUGUUUUUCGAUACUUAUCGAUACCGCGAAGUGACAUUCGAUAUCGCGAGGAAAAACUUUCUCGAAGGAACACUCGUGAAAUGUUCGUGUGUAGUGCAAAAAGUCGGUUUUCGCGAGUGCCGUGAAUGAAAAGGAACACGCGAGGAAGGAAACGAUUUUCGUUUGUCGAACGUUUUGUCCGCGUGUUUUCGUCGCGUGUCAAGUAUAUCGCAAACAACAAAAACACGUUCGAGAUUUAGUGAUAGCGGGGAACGGUAGUAAUCGGUUGUGGUUAUUUACGUUGUCGGGUCGACAAAAAGCGGCGUGAGUUUUCGUCCUAUCUUAUCUAUAAGCAGCACGCGCCGAAUACAAUGAGAAGUGAAGUGGCUUAUUAAAACCUUUUUAAGUUAGCGAGAAAACGUAAAUACUGUGUCGGUAAACUCUCGUAGAUAACAACAAAGUGACUUUCACGUGUGACCGAUCGUCUGUUUCAAUCAAAAUAUAUCUGCAACAAAUAUGUUUACCUGAAGGUUACAGAAGCAACAUGUCGCUUUCGUUGCGGAAGAUCGAAAAGGAAACAAGAUAGGGGGGGCUGCAUCGGUAGGUGAGCGCUGAUUUUUUCAGAUAAUCGCUAAAGUAUCACCUUGAGAGACACAAUGGAGGAAGUCGAGAGCAUGCCCGUCGCUCAGACGCCGCACGUCUGUGUGAACUACAGUUUCCAGCUUCAAAACAGCACGGACAGCGGUUACCUGUCCACCCUCACGCCGCACACCAGCAGCAGCUGUGCGCUGACGGUGACCGGCUACAGAACGCGAUCUUCUUCCGGAGCGUUGUCCGCCAAGAAGCACUACAGAUUCCGUCGGGAUCCUAUUCAGUGCGAGAAAUCGCAGAGAGUCGCGCGCCGUUCAAAGUACAGUCAUCUGUUGAACACUUCUGAUUCCGAGACCCACCCCGUUUCCGAGAUCUCGUCCGUCGAACAUGACUCCGUGCUAGAACCCUCAUGUGUGAGUAUCAACCAGAGCCUCGGUCUGGUACACUCCACCCCGAGCUGCGCCAGCAACGAGUGCGACGAGGUUCUCAGGAACAGAAGCGAGAAGAAAUGGAGAGCCCUGGUGCCCGUCACACCCGCGUCCGAGAAUCGGAAGCUGAGCGAGCUGUGCAUCACGGAUCUGGCCGCCACGUCGGAGAUCAAACCGAAGAAGCUGGACUUCAGCUAUCGCGGUCUGUUCGCGACAUUGCGAAGCAACAUCAGAUCCGGUUCGGAUUACGCCGGAAGAGAAAGAGUUGACUUUCUGUCGCUUCUCGGUGAGGAGAGCAACCAUUUGCACGUAGUUUCGAAAAUCCUAGCUUAUCUCGGACCUCAGGACCUGUGCUCCGUUAGCAUGGUGUCCACAGCGUGGAGGAGAAUUUGCGAAAGAGACUCAAUUGCCAAGAAGAGAAAGAUUAGUUAUAUCUUGUGCAAGCAGAACAUCAAGGAGAAUUUGAGGCUGGCGAAAAAGAUGAAGCACGAGGAAGAAUUGCAGACGAGUCCCAAGAGCAGACCCUACGCCAGGAAGGGGUGUCUGUUGGAUGUGCAGAACUUGCUACACGCUCCGAAGCAACUUGCAAACAGCCCGCCCGUGUCGCCGAGCAAAGUCAAGUUUCAUUCCUUCGUCAAGGCUAGUCGUACGCUCGCAAACGGCGAGUACCUGUUGCCAUGUCCGAGAUGCUCGUUUCCAUGUUACGUGGACAGUGAGAAGAACGUGGGCACUUGCUCCAGGCAGGGUUGCUCCAUCGAGUUCUGCGUCUCCUGCUCGUCGAGGCCUCACACGGGUCCGUGCAAAACGCCUCUGCUGGCCACCCCGACGAAACGCAAUAACAGGCGUUUGAUCGUCGGCUCGAGACAGAGCAAACGGAACUUACGGCGACUGUAAAUCGAUUUCCCCUCGAGUCCUUUGUGCCAUGAUUAAGUUCGCGCCAUAAUUGCCAUAUUUUCGAAGCUGUCAUAAUAACGAGGAAAGAAGAUCGAGCUUGCUUGUCGUCGUCCUCGAGCGAAACCCUCGACACAGGGUGCCAUAUUUUCCUUUCUGUUGUUCAUUUGCGUGUGCGUUUUUGUUUGUUUUUUUUAAUUCAAAGUUUCACUCUGAACUUUCGUGAUUGUCAACGGAACGUUCAGUCGUUGUAUUUUAUAUUCCGUACCGGUGUAUAUGCGAAAAAAAAAAAAGACUGUCUGUAAAUG